AAGAAGAAGAAGAAGAAGAAAAAGAAGAAGAAGAAGAAGAAGAAGAAGAAGAAGAAGAAGAAGAAGAAGAAGAAGAAGAAGAAGAAGAAGAAGAAGAAGAAGAAGAAGAAGAAGAAGAAGAAGAAGAAGAAGAAGAAGAAGAAGAAGAAGAAGAAGAAGAAGAAGAAGAAGAAGAAGAAGAAGAAGAAGAAGAAGAAGAAGAAGAAGAAGAAGAAGAAGAAGAAGAAGAAGAAGAAGAAGAAGAAGAAGAAGAAGAAGAAGAAGAAGAAGAAGAUGUUUCGUAUUAUGCUGCUCUUAGUGCUGACAUACCAAUAUGGUUUUAGUAAAGCAUCAACUUGCAAAUCAAAGCAUAAAUGCAAAGAAACAAAAACAUCCGCCACAUUUGCUUACAUCAGCAUGGACAAACUCGACAACACAAAAUUGAAUGGAACCAUUCUAUCAACACAUUAUGUUGAAAAUACAACAAGAUGUAACAAACUCUGCGCAAUGCAUGAUGAAUGUGUGUCAACUAAUGUUGGUCCAAACAACGCAUCAACGUUUGUUUGUCAAUUGCUUGGUGAAGACAGACGCACGAAUGCUGCGAUUCUGGUUAAUGCAACCGGAUGGUCGCUUUUCACGACAGCUAGUAGAUGUGAUGACAACCCGUGCAAACCCGGCAUCGAGAGAUGUCUUCCACAUUAUGGAAAUAAUUCAUACACAUGCGUACUUUCAAAUCCUUAUCACCUUCCGUUGAUGAACUUCACAUUUGAUGUAGAUGACAAAUGUUCUGGUUGCAAAGCCGGCGCGCAUUGGGCGGCUGCAAAACGAAUACACGUUCCUGACCGAAUAACCAAAGUGAUGUAUUUGCCAGAAAAAUUUGAGAGGGGAAAUGGACCAGCUCUGUCCCCUCAAGGGUGUCUUAAGGAUUUAUCACCUGCGUUUCCUGGAAACUGUGAUAGUGAUGGUUUCGUAUUUUCAUUCUGGUACAGAACAUUCAUGCGUUCGCUUGGAAAUGCUCUUUUAUUUGAGAGUCCAGUUAAUGGUUUCUAUGUCCGUAUCAGUAAUCGAAAUGCAGAAACCAGAACUGCGUUCUGGGCUGUUACUUUCCUUACCGGAAGUCAUACCUAUCGCUUUGAAAACUAUGAAGGUCCUGAUGCUUCUCAAUGGAUUCACUUUGCUUUCAAAUUUGACAUUGCGAAUGACCUGUUCUCUGUAUUUAUUAAUGGAGUACAUGUAUUUGAUGGAGAAAAAGUUGCUAGAUCACCUAAUGGUAAAAGCACGCAAUUAAAAUUGGCUUGGAUGUACACAAGUGGAAAAAAAUAUUACGCCAUGUUUGAUGAUAUUGUGUAUUAUAAUCGUUUGCUUUCCAAUGAAGAAAUUCUCAACCUGCACCGAGAGCAGGCCACACAUUAAUGAAACAUUGGGAUGAUGCAGUUGCUAUAUUUCUCUAGGGAAUAUUUAUUUGUGAAUUAUUUAUUUUAGGGAUAUUUUCUUGUUGAAUAUUUCUUUUUGGAAUAUUUUUUCGUCAAAUAUUUAUUUGUCAAAUAUUUAUCUUUGGAACAUUCAUUUGUGAAACAUUUUUUGUGAAAUAUUUAUUUGUGGAAUAUUUAUUUGUGAGAUAUUUUUUGUGGAAUAUUCAUUUGUGAAAUAUUCAUUUGUGAGAUAUUUAUUUGUGAAAUAUUUAUUUGUGAGAUAUUUAUUUGUGGAAUAUUCAUUUGUGGAAUAUUUAUUUGUGAAAUAUUCAUUUGUGAGAUAUUUAUUUGUGGAAUAUUCAUUUGUGGAAUAUUCAUUUGUGGAAUAUUCAUUUGUGGAAUAUUUAUUUGUGAAAUAUUCAUUUGUGAGAUAUUUAUUUGUGAAAUAUUCAUUUGUGGAAUAUUCAUUUGUGAGAUAUUUCUUGUGGAAUAUUUUUUUGUGAAAUAUUCAUUUGGGAAAUAUUCAUUUGCGAGAUAUUUAUUUGUGGAAUAUUCAUUUGGGAGAUAUUUAUUUGUGGAAUAUUCAUUUGGGAGAUAUUUAUUUGUGGAAUAUUCAUUUGGGAGAUAUUUAUUUGUGAAAUAUUCAUUUGUGGAAUAUUUAUUUGUGAGAUAUUUAUUUGUGAGAUAUUCAUUUGUGAAAUAUUCAUUUUGGAGAUAUUUAUUUGUGGAUUAUAUAAUUGUAAAAUAUUUAUUUGUGAGAUAUUAUUGAUGUUUAACCA